UCCCCCCUGAGGACCCCACGAUCGACGGAGCCCCCGAGAUCUUGCUGCGAGCGGGGACACCCUACAACCUGACGUGCCGCGCGCGCAGCGCCAAACCCGCGGCCACCAUCGUCUGGUUCCGCGACGGGCUCCAGCAGGAGGGAGCUGUCACCAGCACGGAGGUGCUGGCUGAUGGCAAGAGGGAGACGACCACCAGCCAACUUGCCAUCAACCCCACGGACCUGGACAUCGGGAGGGUGUUCUCCUGCCGCAGCACCAACGAUGCCAUCCCGGCGGGCAAGGAGACCUUUGUCAAGCUCAACGUUCACCAUCCCCCGACUGUCACCCUGUCCAUCCAGCCCCAGACGGUGCAGGAGGGCGAGAGGGUCGUGUUCACCUGCAUGGCAACUGCCAACCCCGAGAUCAAAGGCUACAGGUGGCCCAAGGGGGGGGUGAUCAUCGAGGACGCCAAGGAGAACAGGUACGACACGCAGGUGGAUUACACCUUCUUCACGGAGCCCGUGUCCUGCGAGGUGCACAACGACAUCGGCAGCACCAACGUCAGCACCCUGGUGGAUGUGCACUCACCCCCAGCUCUGCUCCUCACUGCUUCCCCCCUCCCUACAGACAUCGGCUCCGACGUGACGCUGACCUGUGUGUGGUCUGGCAACCCACCCCUCACCCUCACCUGGACCAAGAAGGAGUCCAACAUGGAUGUGGCCAGCAGCCACCCGUGCCACCCGUCCCCAGGCCGCAAGGACGUGACCCUGCGCAAGUUGGACAUCAAGGUGGAGACGGUGAACCGGGAGCCGCUGACGCUGCACGCUGACCGCGAGGAGGACACAGCCAGUGUGUCCACGGCCACACGGGUCAUGAAGGCCAUCUACUCGUCGUUCAAGGACGAUGUGGACUUGAAGCAGGAUCUGCGCUGUGACACCAUCGACACCCGCGAGGAGUACGAGCUCAAG